ACAGACCGUACGCGUAUUCGAAGUGUAUGUGGGCGUAAUCAUGAUUCUUCCAGUCGCAUACAGACAAACGUUCUUCCCUCAUACGAUCAUCGAAUAGGCAUCGAUAUAUGAAUUGUUCUUGCUGCUUCAUUGCAGAGAAAAGAGGAAUCAAAUCACGACAAGGUAAUGAACCUAUCAAUAUGGAUGACGAUAUGAUGUCAGAGUACUACAACGCUCCUACCAUCAAUGGUCCAGCCGAUGAUCAUGCAAUGAUGAUGAUGGAAGAAGCCGAUCAAGAAUCAUCAAAUUUGAUUGCCGCCGAUACGAUUCUCAAUGAUGAUGAAAUUGCAUCCGUUUCAAAUGAAGUCGUGAUGGAAGAGUAUGGUAAUGAUGGGAAAUUGAACGAGAAUGUUUCAUUCGCAAGUACAUCUUAUGCAGAUCCAUCUAUACCUGCAGACGUGGAGAUUCAACACUCUGUCGGCGUAGACCUUCCAGACGAAACAAUUGGAGAUGCAGUAUACGAAGAGGAAGAAAAUGAACAUAUACUUCCGGCAGGCGACGGUGUCGCUGAAGUCGAACAACCAAAUGAUAUCGCAAAAACAGCUACUGAUCAGACAGGAGAGUCAGAAGCAGCGCAGAUAGCGAAAAAUACAGAGGAGACUACAGUGGCGCCUGAACAUGGCACACUGGAUUCAAACGAUGAAUAUGCAACGGAAGGGCAUUUAAGCGAGAACGCGAAUGGUGGAGAUGAAAAUGUGACAGAAAAGAUAGAGAUAACACAAAACUCAGUAGACAAUGGCACCGGAGAAACACUUGUUGUCAAAAAAGAAAUAGAAGAAGUACAACCGCAUGUACAGGAUGAGGUGGCAGGAGAAGGUCAAGAGGAACAUAUCUCAUCAACUUUGGCAGUUGUUGAACAAAAUACACAGGCAGACGCAGAACAACAUCCGCCUGUCCAGCCAAAUCCAAUACGGAUCACGUUUGAUGGUCAGGACUUUGUUCUAUACCCAGAUGAAGAAACCUCAACAUUCGUCUCAGUGAACCAAGAGCGGGUUCAAGCACCCGUGCUUCCAGUUGAGGCAAAGGUAUUCAGUGAUCCAUUAGAAUCUCUCUUCGAAGCAUUGCGCAUUCGAGAAGCUUUGGGAGAUUUCUUGGAUGAAGGAACCGAACUUUGUUUGACGUUUCAUGAUCUAGACAUGAUUGCACGUGAAGAUGAUAUCUAUAUCCGUGAAGUUACUUUGGAUGAUAUUCAGAGGUUACAUUCAGGCUUAGGGUAUACGUCUAGCAUGCACAUCAGCGUUUCAGAAUCGCAAAGAUUCAUCAGUCGAUAUAACGAUUUGGCCAACCAAGUCUCGCUUUUGAUUGAGCAGAAGACGGGCAUUGAAAGUGUCGAGGAAGGAAAAGGAGAGCAGCCAGUUGAGUCCUCAGCGGGUGAUGCAAAUGUCCAAAAGGGACAUGGCGAUGCCACAAGCCCAUUGAAAGCAGAAGUCGCGGUCGAGCUCCCCAUCGAAAAGGAAAGUGACGGAAAAGAGGCGGGAGAGGAAGAAGGUGAUCAAGAGGAAGAAGAAACAUUUGCGACAGUCACAAACGAUCAAGAGAAUGACGAAGAACAGUAUGUCGAGUCUUAUGAAGGAGGCGGAGAAGUACAGAAUCGACUAGAAGGUGACGAGGAUGCUAAGCAAGAUGAAGAAGAUCAUCCAAGAGACCGAAUUGGAAGCUGAUGCGAAAGAAGAAACGCAGAAUGAACAAUUCACAGAAGAAGCGGAAGGCAAUGAAGAAAUUGCCGGCCGAGAUACUGCCACCACUUUGAGUGGAGACGGCGAGGAGCUC